AUGCACUACAGCCGGAUGAUGGCCCCGGCCGGCGACCACAGAUACUUCACGAGCACCGCCGUCUUCCUGAACGAGGUCAUCAAGCUGACCAUCUCCCUCACCUUCGCCAUAUACGAGAACUCGCGAAGCCUGGCGCCACAGACGCCCGUCUCGGUCGUUUUCGAGCAGAUUUACAAUUCAGUCUUCCGGGGCGACGGCUGGAAAUUGGCGAUACCCGCGACUCUGUAUACGCUGCAGAAUACCUUGCAAUACGUGGCUCUGAGCAACCUAGACCCGGUCCAUUUCCAGAUCCUCUACGAGUUAAAGAUCCUAACAACAGCUUUCUUCAGCGUCAUCUUGCUAGCUCGGCCACUGUCCCCAAAGCGAUGGCUCUCGCUCGUCGUGCUGACUUUUGGCGUGUCAAUCGUCUCUCUGCCAUCGGGCACUAAGGACCUCGCGAUGAUGAUUCACGACACGAGCGAUCACUUCUUUCCCCGAUCUGUACACGAGCUAGGAGAAGCUGCGGGUGGCAUGGUGGACGUCGCGCGGCAUCUUACGAGGCGGACGGUGGAAGGCUUGGCUGGAGAGGUUCUACACAAGCGAUCAGCGACCUACCAAGGAAUCCAGGAAGAUCUAGACACGACUCCGCACAUGAACUACUCAAUUGGCCUCGCCGCAGUCCUCAUCGCCUCCACAGUCUCCGGCGUUACGGGCGUCUACUUCGAGAAGGUCCUGAAGGACUCGCCAACCCCUGUGAGCGUGUGGACGAGGAACAUCCAGCUAUCAUUCUACAGCCUGUUCCCAGCACUGUUCGUGGGCGUCAUCUGGAAGGAUGGCGACGAGAUCGUCAAGCACGGCUUCUUCGACGGCUACAACUGGGUUGUGUGGACGACCAUCGUGCUGCAGGCAAUUGGGGGUGUCCUCGCGUCCCUCUGCAUUCAGUAUGCCGACAACAUCGCGAAGAACUUUGCCACUAGCAUUAGCCUUGUCAUUAGUUUCAUCUUCAGCGUGUGGUUCUUCAACUUUGGUGUCUCGUUCACUUUCAUACUUGGCACAGCACUCGUGCUCCUCUCAACAUGGCUUUACAGCGGCCCAGAUCGCAAGCGUGGCCGACCCCCACCGAUCAAUAUUGUGAGCUACGAGAAGACCGUCAUCGCGAGCACGCCGAGAAUCACGGAGGAAAGCAAGCUAAACCUCGAUCCCAUGGACGCGCAGUCCAUCGGUCUAUCCACCUCGAGACCUGCCACCCCUCUGAGGUCCCACUCCCGAGCCCCCUCGGCCAGGGGCAAGAGCCGGGAUGACUAG